AUGUCCGUUGACAAUUGCAAAGGCGAGGCCGCGCUUCUGGCGGUGCUGAAGGAGCUGCAUAUGGAGCUGCCCACCAUCCAGCACGAGGAGAAGCACACCGUAGAGGCGGCAAACAAGGAGCUGGAGCGCUUUGGGACUCCCUGCGUGGGCACCAAAAACAUGUUUUUGAAGAGCAAGAAAGGUGAACUGGUACUGCUGAACGCGAUUCACACCACCAAGACGGAUAUGAAGCAGGUGCAGAAGGCAGCGGGCACCAAGGAUCUCCGCUUUGCGCCGGAGGAGUGCUUGGGCGAGAAUCUUGCCGUGGUGCAGGGCUCCGUGACUCCUUUUGCGCUCGUCAACAACCUCGACAAGCGCAACAUCACGGUGCUGCUGGACAAAAACCUGCGGGACUCGCCCAUCCCCUUCGUUCUUCACCCCUGUCGCAACGACAAGAGCUGUUUGGUGGUGUGGGACCAACUCAUACAGUUCAUGGACAAGAUCGGAUACCCUUACAAGGUGGUGGACUUCAGCACCGAGACGCCGGGUGUGGAGGCCGCAGGGGCCUCUGCGACUCAGAAGGCGAAGCCGGAAGCCCCCAAAACGGAGAAGACGAAGCAGCACACGGACCCUGCUCCCAAGAAGGCUGCUGCCGCUCCCGCUGCCGCUGCUUCCGGUGAGACGAAGCUCGGCAUUGCGGUGAGGCGGGAGGACAACUUCUCUGCGUGGUACAUCGACGUGAUCACCAAGGCGGAGAUGAUCGAGUACUACGACGUGUCGGGGUGCUACAUCAUCCGCCCGUGGGCCUUCUACGUGUGGAAGUGCGUGCAGCGCUUCCUGGGCGACAGGAUCGAGCGCAUGGGCGUGGAGGACUGCUACUUUCCGAUGUUUGUGUCGCGCAACUGCCUGGAGCGUGAGAAGGAGCACAUCGAGGGCUUCGCGCCGGAGGUUGCGUGGGUGACGCGCGCGGGCGACACGGAUCUGGAGCAGCCGGUGGCGGUGCGUCCGACGAGCGAGACGGUGAUGUACCCGUACUACGCGAAGUGGAUCCGCUCGCACCGCGACCUGCCGGUGCGGCUGAACAUGUGGAACAACGUGAUCCGGUGGGAGUUCUCGCAUCCGACGCCGUUCAUCCGCACGCGCGAGUUCCUGUGGCAGGAGGGCCACUGCGCGUGGGCGAAGGCGGAGGACUGCGCGAAGGAGGUGCUGGACAUCCUGGAGUGCUACGCCGCGGUGUACGAGCAGCUGCUGGCGGUGCCUGUUGUGCGCGGCCGGAAGACGGACAAGGAGAAGUUCGCGGGCGGCUACUACACGACGACGGUGGAGACGUACGUGGAGGCCGUGGGCCGCGGGUGCCAAGGAGCGACGAGCCACAACCUCGGCCAGAACUUCGGCAAGAUGUUCGACAUCAAGUUCCAGGACCCGGAGAACAACGAGCAGACGCUGAUCCCGUGGCAGAACAGCUGGGGGCUGUCGACGCGCGUGAUUGGUGUGAUGAUCAUGGUGCACGGCGACAACCGCGGCAUGGUGAUGCCGCCGCGCGUCGCGUCGACGCAGGUGGUGAUCAUCCCCGUUGGGAUCACGAAGGACACGACGGAGGCGGCGCGCGAGGCGCUGCUGGGGAGCUGCCGGCGCCUGGAGGGCGAGCUGUGCGGGAGCGGCGUGCGUGCGAAGUGCGACCUGCGCGACAACUACAGCCCGGGGUGGCGGUUCAACCACUGGGAGGUGAAGGGCGUGCCGCUGCGCGUGGAGCUGGGGCCGAAGGAGCUGGCGGAGAGCAAGCUUGCGCUGACUGUGCGGUGCAGCGGGGAGAAGCGGUCGAUCGCGUGGGACGCGCAGACGCCGGCGGCUGUGGCUGCGCUGCUGGAGGACAUCCAGGCGCAGAUGUACAGCCGUGCGAAGGAGACGAUGGAGGCGCACCGCGUGCAGCUGACGGAGUGGUCGGCGUUCGUGCCGGCGCUGAACCGGAAGUGCGUGAUUCUGGCGCCGUGGUGCGGGUCGAUGGAGUGCGAGGACCAGGUGAAGAAGGACAGCGCGGAGGAGUCGAAGGCGGCGCAGGCGCAGGACGCGCGCGAGGACGCCCGUGCGCCGAGCAUGGGAGCGAAGACGCUCUGCAUCCCGUUUGCGCAGCCCGGCCCCGUGGAGGGCCACACAUGCAUCUGCAAGAGCUGCACGAAGCCUGCGACGACGUGGGUGCUGUUCGGGCGCAGCUACUAG